GACAACUUGCUCUUCGAAGCAUAAUCAAAAUCAGAAUCACGGUUUGUGGGCAUUGUGAAAAUUAUUAUUUUCUUUUACCGCUUAGUAAGGAUCGUCUUUUAAUUAAACGAUGCCGGAACCAAGGAGCCCAAUGGCAAGUUUUGCCCAGUCAGUGAGCAAUAUUAUCGAUGGGCCCGUAACAUGGUUCAGAGAAUCUAUUGUUGAGCCUAAUCAGAAGAAACAAGCGUGGUAUCAUCAACGUUUUCAACGUGUUCCUACAAUCGAUCAGUGUUACACUGACGAUGCUGCUUGCCGUUUUGAAGCCGAUCAACAAUUUCGCCGGGAUCGAAUGGUUGAAAAUGAAAUCGUAUCAAUUUUACGCCAACGUUUCGAGGAUUGUACAAUGUAUGAAGCGCCCGACCAUAUUAAAAAAUGCAAGCCUAUUUUAGAACAAUAUGAAAAGGCUGCUGAAAAUUGGUUUAUUAAAUAUGGGGAUUUAGGUGGCUAUGCUAAUGCUAAAAGUGCAUACAUGAAGCAGAAACAUCGUUUGAUCUGGGAGCGUCGCCAUGGACAAGUCGGCAGUGGAAUGAAAACAGAGGAAGUACCAUCUAGUUUUGUUGCGGAAGAAGAGUAAAAUAGAUUCCAAACGAAAAUUAUGCAUUGAAAUUAAAGCAAAAUUAUGAUACUUUUAAGAACAAGA